UUCCCACUGUCGCCUAAUUUGAUGCGAUUCCCUUUUUAGUGUCCGGUUUCGAUUCCUUUUGAAAUAUAUGUUCAACGCUCUUCUUUAUAUUGUUUCUGGCUAAUUGAAGUUUUAUGAUAUUGGAUGUUCUUGCGCCGCUGUGGGUCUGGUGAUUUGAUAACCGACUUUGCGAUUCAAAACAUUGCAUUAAUGGAGACAACCAUGAAUUCAAGCACGAUACAGGAUGGCAAUGGAGCGUUUCCAGGUGACAAAAAGAUCACUGUGGUUUUUGUGUUAGGUGGGCCUGGCAGUGGAAAGGGGACACAAUGUUCGAAAAUUGUGGAAAAUUUUGGGUUCACUCAUCUUAGUGCUGGUGAUCUUCUGCGUGCAGAAAUCAAGUCUGGCUCAGAGAAUGGUACCAUGAUCUCAAACAUGAUAAAGGAAGGUAAAAUUGUCCCUUCUGAAGUUACAGUUGAGCUUUUAAGAAAGGCUAUCCUUGAGAGCGGGAACAAUAAGUUUGUUAUUGAUGGAUUUCCUCGAAAUGAAGAGAACCGUGUUGCUUUUGAGAAUGUUACAAAGCUUGAACCAGAAUUUAUACUUUUCUUUGAUUGUCCAGAGGAAGAGAUGGAACAACGACUUUUAGGUCGCAACCAGGGGAGAGAUGAUGAUAACAUUGAGACAAUAAGGAAGCGUUUCGGAGUUUUUAUUGAAUCUAGUUUACCUGUGAUUGAGUAUUAUGACCAGAAGGGCAAAGUUCGAAAGAUUGAUGCUAUGAAACCCAUAGAUGAUGUGUUCGAAGAUGUGAAGGCCAUUUUUGCCCCAUUCCUUGCAAAAGAUGAUUCAAGCUGCCCCAUUGAUGUAACAAACACAAAUAUACUUUAAAGACUAUCACUUUUGUACAUUAUUCGCCUAAGCUUUAGUAAAGAACACCUGUUGCAAUUUGUCAUAUUCUUGAUGAUGGAUAAGAUGUUUUGUAGUCGAAAAGCCACCCCUGCAAUGUAAGUAGGCUGCUGAUUAAUUAAAUGUAUUUUUUUUUUCAGAUUUUAAAUCUCUGGAGAAAAAACACGUUGAUAGCAUUUUGACAUCAAAUGAUU